UCGCAACGGCAACUGAUUAAAACGACACCGUUUUGCGUUGUAUAGGCAUUGGCUCGCAGAUUCCAGGUAGAAUCGGGUGAGGGGAGAGGUGCGAUGGAUGUGCUUUCAUCCACACAAUCACAAAGUAUAUUCGUCAAACAGAAAUCAACAAAUGCAACCCACUGCAAGAAUCCCUCUAAUCUUCGAAGUCAUGUUCGCAUGUCGCAGAAAUCUAUUGAUUUUGGUCUCACCCACCAAUUGUUCGAUGAAAUUCCUGUUUCAAAUACCUUUGCUUGGAACAAUCUAAUCCAGACCCAUCUCACCAAUGGGGAUUCCGACCGCGUCGUCUCCACCUAUCGGCAAAUGCUGCUCCGUGGUGUUCGUCCCGAUAAGCAUACUAUCCCACGCAUUUUGACUGCUGCUCGCCAUACUAGUAGCUUCUCCUUUGGGAAGCAGGUUCAUGGGCAUGCCCUGAAGCUGGGGCUCUCUUCUGAGAGUUAUGUGAUUAGUGCUCUACUGGAAAUGUACGGGCGUCUUGAUGGAGCUAAUGCCGCAAAGUUGGUGUUUUGUAAGUCUGCCAGGAGAAAUUCUGUGUCUUGGACUCUAAUAUCAAGGCUGUAUAUCAUGGAAGAUAAACCUGGUUUAGCUGUUGAUAUGUUCAAACAGAUGGUGGAGUCUAAGUCUGAGAUUGAUCCACUGGCGUUGGUGACUGCAAUUGUCGCUUGUGGGAUGUUAAAGUCGCUGCAGGAGGGGAGGUAUGUGCAUGAGAUUGCGAAGAAAUGUGGACUAGAGGCUGAUGUUUUGGUAAGUAAUUCGCUCUUGAAGAUGUAUAUUGAUUGCGGAAGUAUCAAAGAUGCUCGAGCAGUUUUUGAUCGUAUGCCGUCAAAAGAUGUCAUCUCCUGGACCGAAAUUUUCCGCGGGUAUGUCAAGAAUGGCGGAUUCAAUGAGGGUCUCAAGUUGUUCAGGCAGAUGAGCAUGGAGGGGGUAAAACCCGACUCACUCGCUAUCUCUAGCAUUCUCCCAGCCUGUGGGAGGGGAGCAGCUCAUAAGCAGGGAAAAGAAAUUCAUGCAUAUUUGCUUAGAAAUGGGAUUGACUUGAAUGUAACAGUCCAAAAUGCUGUUUUAGAUAUGUAUGUGAAAUCAGGAUUCAUUGAAUCUGCAGCAAAGAUUUUUGCUGGUAUGAAGGACAGAGAUGCCAUUUCAUGGACUGUGAUGAUCCUAGGCUAUAGCUUACAUGGCCAAGGAGAGCUUGGGGUUGACCUGUUUCGCAAAAUGGAGAAAAACUCAAGUGUAGAAAUCGAUCAAAUCGCAUAUGCUGCUGCCCUCCAUGCCUGUACCACUGCCCGCCUGGUCGAGCAAGGGAGGUUCUAUUUCAACUGCAUUACAGCACCUAAGAGCAGACACUAUGCUUUAAUGGUUGCUCUUCUAUCUCGUGUGGGGCUCUUCGAUGAGGCCCGGGUUUUUAUGGAGGAGCACAAGCUUGAAGGCCAUGUAGAGGUUCUAAGAGCAUUGUUGGAUGGGUGCAGGAUACACCACAACAUGCGGACUGCCAAACGAGUCAUUGAGCAGCUCUGUGAUUUGCAAACUCUCAAUGCUGACAACUAUGUUCUACUCUCAAACUGGUACUCAAGCUUUGCCAAAUGGGACAUGGUAAAUGAACUGAGAGAAACCAUUAGAGAUAUGGGGCUGAAGCCUAGAAAAGCCUAUAGUUGGAUAGAGUUUAGAAACAAAAUUCAUGUGUUUGGAACAGGGGAUGUAUCCCAUCCAAGAUCAGAGAAGAUAUACUGGGAACUGCACAGUUUGAUGAAGAAAAUUGAAGAGGAAGGAACUAGGUUAAAUUUGGAUUUCAGUCUCCACGACGUUGAUGAAGAACGAGAAUGUGUACCAAUUGGACACAGUGAGUUAUUGGCUACAUCUUUUGGGCUAAUCAGUACACAAGCAGGGGCAACGAUUCGUGUGACGAAAAAUCUUCGUAUGUGUGGGAACUGCCAUGACUCUGCAAAAGCAAUCUCCAAGAUAGUAGAAAGAGAGAUCAUAAUCAAGGACCCAAGUUGUUUUCACCAUUUUAAAGACGGGUUUUGUUCUUGCGGUGAUUUUUGGUGAUUCAAUUCUUACUUUGUUGUUUUUGUUACUUUUGAGUUUUGAGUCUCUGAAAGUCGAGGAAGUUUCAACGGUUAGAAGUAGACUUGAGAGCUCCAGACUAGGAGGAAUUUCAGAGGUAGAUUCAUUCAAUAUUUCAAGAGCCAUAUAUAAGAAGAGAUCUCCUUGCAGACA